AAGAGGCAGUCAAGCAUAUGGCCUACUCAUUGAACUUGCAUGCACCAGAUCAUCAGACGAGCUCUUGGGAGCUAGGAGAGCAUACCAGUCCCUCUAUAGUGAAUCCAUCGAGGAAGACGUUGCUUGCCGAGUUGAAGGCAUCCAACGCCAGUUUUUGGUAGCACUUGUAAGUUCGUACAGAUAUGAAGGAUCACGAAAGAAUAAUGAGGCAAUUGAAUUGGAUGCUCAAAAACUUAAUAAAGCCAUUAGAAAGGGUGAUAAGACGAUGCUAAUCAAAGAUGAAGAGAUUGUAAGGAUUCUAACAACAAGAAGCAAGCCUCAUCUUGAGGAGGUCUUCAAAUGUUACUAUGAUGAUUUCGACAAGGACAUUGCAGAGGAUCUCGGUGAGGAAUCAGGUUUGAAGGACACAAUUUAUUGCUUGUGUGCUCCUCCAGUGUAUUUCAGUAAGAUUUUAGAUUCAGCAAUGAAAGCUAAUGCAACCAAGAAUGAAAAAGAGGCCCUAACUCGAGUUAUUGUAACCCGAGCCAAUGUUGAUAUGAAGGACAUUGCUGAGGAAUAUGAUAGGCAAUAUAAAACUCCUCUAACCCAGAAGAUUGAAGAUGUAGCUCUUGGAAAUUAUAAAGAUUUCUUGGUUACGUUGGUCCAAAGAGCUCUGCCUAAAGGAAGUGAUUAAGAAUGCCUCUCUUGAUGGACUUGUUCUUUUUCUUUGAAUCAAACUCUACUAAUGCUUUAUUUUCCUAUGUUUGCAAGAGCAAUGUGUAAUAAUAAAAAGUGUGGUGUUCCUAUGAA